CUGGACAUCUGCACAGUCUUAAAGUGCUUUACAUUAAAACGCAAACGGCAUCCCUUCUUCCCAAAGUCAUCCAUUACUGACAAUUAAUGUCAAGCCGCACGCCGGAGCAGCUUCACGCUGCCGCACUGGGUGAAGCAUUCCUAAUGGAAAGAAAGCCUUAUAAGAUCCAGCUCAUCAAAACACACCUAAAUGCAGCAUAAUGCCUUCAAAAACCUCAUGCUUAUACCUGUUGACCGUGGUCUGCUGGGCCAGCGCUCUCUGGUACCUGAGCAUAUCGCGCCCCACGUCCACGUACGUGGGCCACAUGUCGCUGCCCGUGCGUAAGGCCGCCAAGCCUCAGAAGAACAUCACCUUCACCAACAUACGCACGCGGCCGCUCAACCCGCACGCCUUUGAGUUCCUCAUCAACGAGCCCAGGAAGUGCGAGAGCGCGGCGCCCUUCCUGGUCAUCCUCAUCAGCACCACGCACAAGGAGUUCGACGCGCGGCAGGCCAUCCGCGAGACCUGGGGCGACGAGAGCACCUUCGGCGACACGCGCAUCCUCACCAUCUUCCUCCUGGGCCGCAACACCGACGCCGUGCUCAACCAGAUGGUGGAGCAGGAGAGCCAGAUCUUCCACGACAUCGUGGUGGAGGACUUCGUGGACUCCUACCACAACCUCACGCUGAAGACCAUGAUGGGCAUGCGCUGGGUGGCCACCUUCUGCCCCAAGGCGCAGUACGUCAUGAAGACGGACAGCGACAUCUUCGUCAACAUGGACAACCUGAUCUUCAAGCUCCUGAAGCCCGCCACCAAGCCCAGGCGGAGGUACUUCACCGGCUACGUGAUCAACGGCGGCCCCAUCAGAGACAUGCGCAGCAAGUGGUACAUGCCCAGAGACCUGUACCCCGACAGCAAGUACCCGCCGUUCUGCUCGGGCACCGGCUACGUCUUCUCGGCCGACGUGGCCGAGCUGAUCUACAAGACUUCUUUACACACGAGACUGUUGCACCUGGAGGACGUGUACGUGGGACUGUGCUUGCGCAAGCUGGGCAUCCACCCGUAUCAGAACAGUGGCUUCAAUCACUGGAAGAUGGCCUACAGCCUCUGCAGGUACAGGAGGGUCAUCACCGUCCACCAGAUCUCCCCGGAGGAGAUGCACCGCAUUUGGAAUGACAUGUCCAGCAAGAAGCACCUGAGAUGUUAAGACAUGAGGACCACCCAGCAACAACCACAUCA